AUGAGCGCCCGUGCCCUAUAUCCGUGGAUGUCGCGGGGUCGAGAUGGCCGCGGGGCGAAGUCACGCACAGCCACCCACUCGAUAAAUAUUCCGGGCGUACGUCCGUUUCCGCGCGGACGUGACGCGGCGCUCGCUGCCCGAUCUUCACGUACGGAACGCGCGGGCGAUUAUCGGAAACGUUCGCGCGCGUCCCCCUCUAUCCGCUACGGACGUGCAACUGAGAGCGGGCACGCGCCAAACGCGACUCUAUCACGCUCGGGC